AUGGUCUCCGCUCAAGUUACCAACCUUGGCAUCAUCCUUGUGAUGAUGCAGCUGGCCAAGAAGGUUCCCUUUGAGGAUCCUCAGGUCCUGAUGGGUGUCCGUGGCUUGUACAUCCUGUCCAACGUUCUGAUCCUGGGUCUCUAUCUUUACACUCAGGCCAAGAUCAACGCUAAAAAGGACAUGACUACCCUCAAGUACGUCGAGCCUGCCCCCAUGGGUACCGGCGAGGAGGCCAAGCCGGUCACCACGACCCACAUGGACUAUGACAAGGGUCAGCUGCGCCAGCUGAUCCGCAGCCAGCUUAUGGGUGUGGGUAUGAUGGCGGUGAUGCAUUUGUACAUGAAGUACACCAACCCUCUGCUCAUCCAGUCCAUCAUCCCCCUGAAGGGCGCCUUCGAGGCCAACCUGGUUAAGAUCCACGUCUUCGGCAAGCCCGCCACCGGUGACCUGGCCCGCCCCUUCAAGAACGCUGGCGGCUUCAUGUCCCAGGGUCAGCCCAAGAGCGACAAGGCCUCGAUCGAGAGCGCGGAGAAGAACUACCGGGGUGGUGUCAAGGAGGAGUAA